AUGAAAUGCAGAAAGGCCUGCACGAAAGCCCUUUUGUCCCUUUCAUUAACUCCAGCUGGAAAAACAAUAGACAGUUUUACUAGGGAUAUAAAGCUAGUCAGGGACAAUCCUGCACUCCUCCAAACGUUCUAUGAAUAUAUUUCUAUAAAAUACGGCGUUAGAUGCGAGGUGGGAAUUGGCCUAGUGGAAAGAAUGAUAAUGGUGAACAGCUUUAAACAACUUAUGGACAUAGACGACCCUACCAAUGAUCUUGUGAACAAAAAAAUUCUUUUGUACAGAUGGAUCGGUCCAGAACAUCUAGAAAUCGAGAAUGUAGAGAAGAAUGUGCUAGAGAAUAUUUCUGAAGGAUUUAAGGGUCUUUCUUUUCUCCAAACACCAACGGAAAAGAUAUCUUGUAUAAUGAAUAUCAUAGAAAAGCUAUAUGAAUCCAUUGGGAGAAAUGAGGGACAGGACAAGAUUCUUCCAUCCAUUAUCUAUUGCAUUAUAAAGUCAUCGGUCCCUAACAUGUACUUGGAGGCCAGGUUCAUGGUUCUUUACAGGAGGAAACACACUGAAAAAUGCAAUGAGAGAUGCAAUCAUGGGCUUAACAUUGAAGUCGAUUGUGAAUGCCUUCUUAAUAGGAUAUAUGACGAGAGAGAGGUGAGCUAUUAUUUGACAUCGGUGCAAGCAGCAGUGGAUUUCAUAAGGAGAAUGGAGUUUUAUGACCUCAAAAUAAGCGAAGGUGAAUUCUAUCGAAACAUAAUGGAUGCAAUGGAACUUGUAAGAGAUAGCUGA